AGGAGCUGCUGGCGAUAUACCUAGCUAGGUACUGUACUUAUACUCAUCUAGUGCAGCUAGUGGGUGAAACUAGGUAACUGUCUACAGUGGCCAAGGUCCCCGGGUAUCCACAGAGACACGGGUAUUACCGCGCUAGUGACGACAGACCCCUCGAGAAAGUAAACAUUCUCCAUCAUCAACAUCUCACAGCUCAGACUGCAGAACACCACAACAUUCAACAUCCAGCGAUCUUGCUGCUUCGAGCCCGGUCAAUUGCACCGCGACAUACCCAAAAUAAUCACCAGCUCAAUCAACAUCAUUCGAAACAGACACUUUUUCGAACAAGCCAGACCAGCACCAUGCUUGGUUGGGCUCUCAAGAAGGGCUUCCAGGGAGCCACCGGCCUCCGCGACGCGCCUGAAGACUCAGGAGAUACGACGCAAUUCGAUGCCCCGGACACACCUGCGCCCGUUUUCGCAGCACGCGCCAUCAAGAACGCUAUAUGGGGCCAAUCUGCUGCGGCAGACGAGAAUCCAACCAACACUGAGCGCGUCAAACCAGCGCAGAGCGCAAGCACUACAAAAGAAAUCCCAGCGGAGCCUAGAUCACCGGCAAAAUUAAAUAGCAUACUUCUGACGCCCGGAACAGGGACGUCUCGUCGGAAGCGUGUCUCCUUUGGUAGAGAUGUCAAAGCCGGCAACACUGUCGAUUCUAGUCCUCUCGCCACUACCUCUGGCCGUCAUGGUCGAUCACGGAGGAAAACAACGCUGCAACAAGCACUAGAGAACUCUCGUCCAGCGAAACCAAGAGAACCAGAGGCGGAGUUGGAAGCGCCGGUUGGGGGGGACACUGAAGAAGAAUCAGAAUGGGAGGAUGAAGAUAUCUGUUGUAAUCACGAAAUGACCGUGGAUCUUAAUGAGCCCCACUCAGAGUCGGGAAAGUAUUGGAAAGCUGAAUGGUCCCGAUAUCGCGAAGAAGCCAAGUCAGACAUCGAACAGCUGGUCAAGUACAAGGCGAAUGCCAGAUCCUUCGCUGCCAAGAAGGAUAUGGAAGCGAGCCAGCUGAGUCAGAAAUUGAAGGAGGAACAGGCUAAGGUGGUUGAGAUGGAAAAGAAGAUGGCAGAUAUGACCUCAAAACUUGCUGCAUCAAGGAGACAUGGAGCAGACAAGGACAGUGCUUCCUUGACCGAGGACCUUGCACGACAGACCACCCUAGUUGCUCAGUAUCGCGAACGAGUUAAAGACUUGGAGACUCGUUUGACGGAAGCUUCCAGCAAGUCAAACCUGAAUCGUCCUAGCCACCAUCGCAUCGACACAUCACCUCGGACAGAACAGAACAUUCUCGAAGUCAGUCGGGAACUUAGAAAAGCGCGGUCUGAGCUGCGGCAAUUAGAUCAUCUUCGGGAUGAAGUCAAACGAUUGAAGUCCAACUUGGCAACAUCUCGGGAGCGAGUGGCAGAACUUGAGGUUCAGGCGUCCGCAGGGAAAGCCACUGAGUCUUCCCAAGUCGCCAGAUUAGAAAAGCAACUGCGUGAGGUCAAAGAAGAGUCACGCCAGAAAGAUACUGAGAUCAUGAACCUUGAGCGGGACUAUCAGACCCUGAAGAGCGCCGCCAAAGCUAGAACUGUCGAGGCCAUGAAAGUUUUGAGAGACAAAGACACCAAAAUCGUAGAAUUAGAGAAGAAACUUCAAGACAUGGAAGCCGCCCAUGCCUUCAAUCAGCAAAAGAACUUGGAGGAUGACAUUGCGGGGCAUAAUAAGAUCUCUCGUGAUCUAAAGUCAGGCAUCGAAUCGCUUGAUAAAUCUUCAAAACACGAAGCAACAAAACCGAAGUCCCAGCAUGCGCGGGCACCUCCCGUUGAUGAUAUCACAUUGGACAUGGCACAUCGCUCUCUGCUUGAAGAAGAGUAUAAUCGUGUUUCCUCCAAUGCUCCCCGGGCGAAAGAUUAUGGAGCCGGCCUUUUGGCCGACUGGACAGCUGAUAUACCCACAUUCGAACUUCAAGCCCAGGACAAGCAUAAACGACACAAAGUCGAGAAACUUAACGAUCAGAUUGUCGUGGCGGAUCCAGAUGCUUUACCGCCUCAUCAAGCAACCAGAGAUACAGAACAGCAUUCGCUAUAUGGCAACGCCGGCAGAAUAUCCGAUGUGCUCUCUAAUCGAGUCAAUGAGUCAUCAAGAAGGCAGUCACGCAGAUUACAACAAUUAGACGCAAAAGAUGUUUCUUCGACCGGAAACGAUCGAAAUAGCAAUGGUCAGCGUGUAGCCAGCGAACAGACAGCAUCUCCCACUAAAGGGAAACCGGCGAUGCAUGGUGCCCUGGAUCAGCCGACCCGUCGAUUGAGACAUCAGUCCAGAUCCACGCGUCCAGCAUUAGCCCUUAACGACGCAUCAGCCAUUGACCUGGUGCGAGAUCAAUUCACACGACUUGGGGGUCCUGCAGUGGACGCCAGCGCCGUUGGAAACACGUCACGUUGUGCUCUGCCCGCCGAGCGGCAGGCGGCGGCUCGAGCCCGCCUUGAACAGAAGAGAAUGGAGAGACGGAAGACCAGCGGGCGGGGAUUCGAUAAAGAAAAUGUGAGACCAUGAGUUUUGAAGGGGUAAAUUGGACAGGCGCCUCAGGUUUUAUGUUACAAAAGGAUGGUUUUUGUUUAUUGCAUGUUGGUAAACUGCAUCAUUGGACGGGCAGGAUAAAGAUACCGUUGUGGUGGAAAUUAGAUUGUUAUUUUGAGCGACCAAGCGCUUGACAAGCGCGGCGGCGUUGGCGGGGAAUCCGGCCUCACUCAAGUGGCUCUUGUCGAAUUGGAACACUUACGAGCGAGUAUCAUGAGCUAGCU